AUGUGUGAGGCGUUGUCAAUGUACCCAGAGGCUCUUUUACAGUUAAAUCAGUCAUGGAAUAGCGUCGUGAUAGAUGACAUGGAGUUUAGCACUAUGGAGUUCACGAUUCGCGACUUUCUGGUAAGUUACGAACUAGAUCAUCAGGAGCUGGUAUUAGUAAUGACGGAUGAUGGCGAGAUAGAGGAACCUCCAGCAGCGCCAACUGUGGACCUGGCUGCAGAGGUGGCAAGGCUAAGAGAAGAGUUGAGACUAAGAGAUGAGGGGCUAGCGCAAGCUAGACAAGCACCACAGACAUCUCAAACGCACCCUAUACCUCAAGUACCAGUGGCACAACCGCAGCCGCCAGUACCACCACCUGCACCACAACCUGUAGCCUAUGGGUUUGAACCGGUAUAUGAACGCUUCAGGAAACAAGCCCCACCGACGUUUGAGGGGAAAGCUGAUCCAAUGGUUGCAGAAGAUUGGCUAAGCCUUUCGGUCACCGACUAUGCACAGAAGUUUGAUCAAUUGGCCAAGUUUGCCCCUGAGGUGGUGCCGACUGAUACAAUGCGAAUUCAAAGGUUUGUAAAGGGACUCAAACCAAUGAUAGCAAGGGAUGUUAGGAUGACCAGCGCUGAGGUGGCCAGUUAUGCAGAGAUAUUGGAUAGAGCUCUUGAGGCUGAAUAUCUGGAGGAUCGAAUAUGGAAGGAUAAUGCCGCUAGAAGAGAGAGCCACCGCAACAAGAACUUCCAUGAGAACAACAAGAGAAAGGCUAUCGAAGGGCAGAAUAGUGGGGUUGACAAAAGGCCUAGACCUCCAGUCCCGAACAGCAGCUACCACAACUCUCAGAACCAUAACAACCGCAAUAACCGCUUCAAUGACCGGAACCGUGGGAACCAACAGGGCAACCGAGUUGAGCAUCCUACCUGCCCUAAAUGCACAAGGAAACACCCAGGAGAGUGUCAGGCCGUAUUUAAGGAUUUCUUGGACAAGUUCGUAGUAGUGUUCAUUGAUGAUAUCCUCAUUUACUCAAAGACCAAGGAGGAGCACGAAGAGCACUUGAGAUUGACUCUAAACAGAUUACGGGAACAUCGGUUGUACGCCAAGUUCUCUAAAUGCGAAUUUUGGCUGGAACAGGUAACCUUCUUAGGGCAUAUAGUCUCCAAGGAUGGGAUUGCAGUAGACCCAUCAAAGAUCGAGGCCAUUAGAGACUGGCCCCAGCCAAAGAAUGCCUCAGAAGUUCGGAGUUUCUUAGGGUUGGCAGGUUAUUAUAGAAAGUUUGUCGAGGGUUUCUCGAAGAUCGCUACCCCGUUGACCAACUUAACCCGGAAACAUCAGAAGUUCGUAUGGACAGAAAAAUGUGAAGAGAGUUUUCAGACCAUGAAGGAUAAGUUGAUUUCCGCGCCUAUCCUUUGUGUUCCCACUGAGGGCGGAAAAUUUGUGGUAUACUGUGAUGCGUCAAAGAACGGUUUGGGAUGCGUGUUGAUGCAAGAAGGGAAGGUGGUAGCUUAUGCUUCUAGACAACUCAAGGAUUAUGAGCAGCGGUAUCCCACUCAUGACCUUGAAUUGGCAGCUGUAGUAUUCGCACUCAAGAUAUGGAGACAUCACCUGUACGGAGAUAGGUGUGAGAUAUACACCGACCACAAAAGUCUGAAAUACUUUUUCACACAAAAGGAACUAAACAUGAGACAGCGGAGGUGGUUGGAAUUAGUAAAGGAUUACGAUUGCGAGAUUCUAUACCACCCAGGCAAAGCAAACGUAGUUGCCGAUGCU